CCCUCGAACAUGUGGAAAAGGCCUUUUCCUGGUGUUCCUGCUUCAAAAUCACAUUGCCACUGGCACCUACCCCAGUGUUCCCCUAUUCGACGCUGUCUUACACACCAGUCCUCAGCCGCUCACGUGGUUUUACGUACAGAGACUAGAGCCAGCGACUAGCGCGGGCCGCUUACCAAAGCUACACGUUUCCGCAGGAGCGUUAACGUGACUGCAUUUCCCCGCGAACUGCCAUGGACAUUCGAAUUCAAGCUCUUCUACUUUAUCUCCUCACCUCUCCGUGUCUCUCCCACGCUUCGCGCCCAUGGCGAUCGGCGGGCUCGAUCACCCCGUCAGUACAAGCCGCGACGUCAGGCUCGGAUUCCGAGCCGCUCGGUCUCGACGACCUUCGCCCGGAUCCCACCGGCUCCGUCGUCGAGUCAGUUGCGACGGCGCUUUCGGCGUGGGAUGACGACGACAAUAACCUCAGCGGCAUGGCGGGCGACAGCGUGGCGGCAGCGGCGGCGGCGGCGGCGGGCGGAGCUCGUCUUGAUUCGAAUGGCCCUGUGACGGAAGGCUGGAGCGAAGACGGAGGGUUGGAGGCGGACGAUGACAGCUCGAACGUGGUUGUAGCGGGACAGAACAGCGUCGUUACUUUUAGCGAAGGUGUUCUUGUAGCGGAUGAGACCCCCACGGCUGUAGCGGAGGGCGAGCCGGCAGGUGACGACGUGGGGGAACGCGACAAUGUGGCUGUAGCGGGGCAAAAUUCUGUCGUGCUUCUCGCGGAGGAAGCCCGAGCCGGCACAACAGACACAGCAAUCGAUAGCGCCGCGGACAUGCGCAGCCAGUCAGCAGACGUGGCGGAGAACUUACUGACUGUAGCCGCGGCGGAAGUGGCGGCGGAGGGGCCUGCCAAAGAGGCGUCCGCGGAAGAAGUCCCCGAGGGGGGUGCAAAAGAGGCGGCGGCGGAAGAGGCUGCGGAGGGGCAGGACAUUGCGGCGGAGGUGGAAGCGGCGGCGGAAGAAGCAGCCGCUGUAGCUGCUGAGGCUGCGGCUGUAGCCGCAGCUGACGUGGAGAAAUCUGAUGCUUACGCGGAAACUUCUGUAGCAGCAGAAGCUGAGUCGGCAGAGGCAGAGACGGCAAAGGGGGAGACGACAGAGGCGAGGACGGCAGAGGCAGGGGCGGCAAAAGCGGAGACGGCAGAGGCGGAGACCGAGCAAAACCCAGGUUGGAAUUCUGACACACAACAAUUCGAAUUUGACGGCCAAGCGACUGACGCACCCCCCAGCGGCAGUGACAGCGGAACCGGUAUUUCUGACGGCGACGGUGAGGAGGGUACCGCCGUUGUGAGGACUCUGGACGAUGGGCCGACGGCAGAGGAGAUCUUACCAGAGGCGUUGGAAGGAUCUGAAGCAGACACCGGGGGGUUGUCCGCGCAGUAAAGGCUGGGGUGGGUUUUUGGGUCGACUCAAACGGGUAGCGCUGCUGCGAGGAUUCUAAACGGCAGAAGAGAUUUUACCGGAGGAGUCGGAGGGUUCUGAAGCAGAGACGGGGUUGUCCGUGGCGAAGGGGCUGGGGUGGGUUUUUGAGUCGACUCAAGCAUGUAUGGCUGCUGUGAGGAGAUGAGAGGAGGGGCUGACGGCAGGAGACCCUAUCCUACCCGACGAAAUUGAGGGUUCUGAACUGAAGCAAGGACGGGAUUGUUCGCGCACUAAACGCUGGGGUGAGGGAACAACCACAGCGAAUAAACGAAGGGGAUGUUUUUAUUCGUUACGUUACCCUUCGGAGGGCCAAAGUUCUGAAUCUUCAGAAUUGUGGAGAUACCUUAAGGAACACGCAUUUUUCCUGAUUUUUAAUAAUGAGUAGCAUGUUUACAAUAUGUUGUAAGCAAUUGUUUACAUAG